AUGAUCGAUCAAUAUCUAUUAACACCCCAUCACGCACGCCUUCGGCAACUUUCUUCGGUGCGAAUCGCUCAUUUUACAGUCUGGUUCACUCUCGUUCUCUCGGUUCUGCGUUAUAUUCCAUUAAUCAUCUAUAAUCAACUGAAUGUUUCGAAAACCACGAAUGUUACUUCAUGUUCGCUCUCUGGUAAUGCAAUCUAUCAAGGUUAUAUGGCGUAUUUUGUUAUACCAUUUCUACUUGGCUUCAUACCUGCUGUUAUAACAAUUGUUUUUGCUAUUUUAACAUAUACCAAUGUGAGAUUGCUUCAUCAACAAGAAAUGCGAACGCAGAUUCAACAACAAAUCACACGCAUGGUUAGUGCUCAAGCAGUGUGUGGCAUGAUUGGUAUGGUUGCCUAUGCCGGACAAACAAUUUACAAUCUGUUAACUGAAUCAACACAAAAAAGUACUUCUUAUCGAGUAUAUGAAAACUUUGCUUUGACGAUUGUCGGCGUACUGGCUUACGCUGGUCAUAUAUUCAAUUUCUAUAUCUUUAUGGUAGUGUCUCCAUCAAUUCGAAGCCAUUUCAAACAAUCGGUACAAAAACUUGUGUGUUGUUUUACUCUUGAAAAUCAUGGGAUGGUGUUCAAUUAUCGAACGGCACCCUUAGGUGUUGCUCAACAUAGCGUGAUAUAA